CAAAACAAAACGUCUGCACGCACACCAUCAGAAACAGCGUUCGCAGCCAGGCAAGGGCAGGAUGGAUGGAAAAGUUGGAAAGGCGUGAAGCGGGAAUGCCACGUAAUAAUACCGGCAAUUUUAUCACUCAACCCCGAUGUUUUCUCGUCCAAUAGUGAGCCUGCACGACACAGCGUAGUGUAAAGCGAGCAGAUCCAGCAGACCCGGCAAGAACCCCGUGAUAGAGAGAGAGAAUCGAAUAGAAGAUGUCCACGCUGUCGGUAUGGUUUGUUGGCACGCUGGUGGUAAUGCUGCUGGCAGUAGCCCGCUCGGAAUUGCAUAAUGUGAUCUAUGCGAUAAACGCCGGUGGAGAGGCUCAUACAGAUUCGCACGGAAUCCACUAUGCGCGCGAUCCGCUGAUGGGCAGGGUGGGAACGGAAUCGGACUAUGGGCGCCAGCUGCUGGUGAUUAACCGUGUCAAGCCGCAGGACGAAAUCCUGUACCAAACGGAACGUUAUCAUCACGACACGUUCGGCUACGAUGUACCGCUGGCCGGGGACGGGGAGUAUGUGCUGAUACUGAAGUUCUGCGAAGUUUACUUCAACGCACCCAACAUGAAAGUGUUCGAUGUUCUGCUCAACCGGCAUACUGUCGUUUCGGAUCUGGAUAUUUACGCGCUCGUUGGCAAGGGAACGGCACACGACGAGUACGUGUUCUUUUCGGUAUCCCGCGGACGGUUAUACUACAAAGAGGAAAGCUCGGAAAUCCGGGGUGGCAAAGUGAAGCUCGAGUUCCUGAAGGGCUACAAGGACAACCCGAAAGUGAACGGUAUCGUGCUGAUCAAAAGUUACGAUGAGGCAAGUCUUCCACGGUUAGCACCGCUCAAGCAUGAAGCUCAACCGUCGCAGCAUCAACAGCAGCAGCAGCUUGAUGGUGACACGGGCGCAGCAGGCCAUGCAUCACCGCUCGACGAUGUGGGACACGGGCAGGAUGGUUUAGAGGACAGUGCCCUGGACGAUUUCUUCACCGCACCGACCAGUGAACCAUCGGCGAAACCAUCGACGACGAGGCAACGUAAAACUAGUGGCCCCAAGCAACCGAAUCCUUAUUCGCUCGAUGAAUCAUCUAUGAUGCUGCCCGUGUUCAUCGCUAUCGGAGCCUUCAUACCGCUGCUGUUCUGUUUGUGUCGGCUGUGAUUACCCUCGUGCUCUGUUCCGGUUAGCAGUUAUAUACCCAGAUUGCAUACUACCGCUACCGCAACCAAGUGCUCCAGUGGGGGAAUCGUGGCACAUGUAGACUCCUUAGCAAGUUGCUUUUUAACCAACUCGGGCCUCUCGUCUUAAGAAACAUCUGCGCGAGUCUGCUGCUAGCUCAAAUUUUUACAGCAAAACCAUUCCACGUACAUAACUUUUUUCGGUCAAGCAAGACUGGCACAAUAUGUUACCAAAUUGGUACUUAAUGAAAUCGACAUUAAGUCAAAGCCUAGGGGCGUGGUGAGGGAUAACGAUUUUGGAAAAAGGGAUAUCUUUGACUAAUGAUUAGGUUUGGUGGGGUUGUCCCUUUGUUUUCGGUUAGGUUUAAGUAGUGUUCACACCACAAGCACAAGCACGAAGGGAAGAGCGCGCGAUUAACAUCUCUGAUACAUCCACACACUGGUCCGGAACGUGAUCUCAUUUCGAAACGCACUCGGGUUUGGUCAUCAAUUCGUUUAUGUUCAUCAGUCACUAGUUUGUAAUGGAUCGGUUCCCCAAAUAUACAUCACCUUCGGCUAUCUA